UUUUGGCCAAAUCAUAUAGGGAGCCUAGUUAAACGCGUUCCCAAACACGGUCUUGCGUCUAUCCGCGCAUAUACGUAUAUAGAUAAAUUGGUAAGUGAUUUUCGUUUUGCACCAGAAAGGGUUUUGGAGUGCAGGGAAGAAAACAAUUAUACUAAUCAAAGGCGAAAGACCAUGGUGGAAGAGGAAGCUCCAGCAUCAGAAGCGUCAGUAACAAUGGCGGACGAAACCCUAGUUCCACUGUCGAGAAACAUGAAAACCGAAGAUACUCAACCUUCAAUAGAGUGUAGUAUCGAAACCGGUACUCAGGGCGGAGCUGAUUCGAGCAACAACAAUGAAAACGGAAAUGCUGAGGAUUCUGCUCUCACUUCCGCUGGAGAGGGGGAGAGGACGCUGGAGUUCGUCGUUGAGUUAGCGGAGAAAGGAUCUAAGGCCCUCAAGGAGAGAGAUUACGCUGAAGCUGUCGAGUGCUUUAGCGCGCACUUGAAAUCAAGGUUGCACAUUAUGGUGAACUUGCUUUUGAAUGCUUGAAUGCGUACUAUCAGUAUGGGCAAGCACUGCUGUACAAGGCUCAGGAGGAGGCUGAUCCAUUGGGUAAUGUGCCCAAAAAGGAAGGGGAAUCCCAGCUAGAAUCUGAUAAAGAGGGACCUGCUAAGAAUGUUGCAAAUUCUGAAUCUUCUGCUGCUUCUGUUUCAAGUAAAAUUGAGCAAGAUGGAAAUUCAGUUCAGCAGGAAGGAGAAAUUGAUGAUGUUUCUACUGAGAAAGAUCAGGAAGAAAAUGGAAAUGAUAGUGACAAUGAGGACCUUACUGAGGCUGAUGAAGAUGAAUCUGAUCUGGAUUUGUCCUGGAAGAUGCUAGAUAUUGCCAGGGCAAUUGCUGAAAAGCACUCAGGUGACACAAUGGAGAAAGUGGAGAUACUAUCAACAUUGGCUGAAGUUUCUCUUGAAAGAGAGGACUUUGAAUCUUCUUUGAGUGACUACCAGAAAGCGCUUUCCAUUUUGGACCAGCUUGUUGAACCUGACAGUCGACAUAUUGCUGAACUAAAUUUCCGCAUAUGUUUGUGUCUGGAAAUUGGUUCUAAGCCUCAGGAAGCAAUUCCGUAUUGCCAGAGGGCUAUUUCCAUCUGCAAAUCAAGGGUGCAGCGACUCAUGAAUGAAGUGAAGAGUUUUGGAGGAUCUGCAACGGCAUCGGUUGCCUCUGAAAUUGAUGAUGGCACCCAACAGUCUGCAAGUGUGUCCCACCAGACUGAAUCAUCUGUAACAGAUAAAGAAGCAGAAAUUGAAACACUGUCUAGUCUCUUAGAGGAUCUGGAAAAGAAGCUUGAAGAUCUACAACAGCUGGCACUGAACCCAAAAUCUAUCCUGUCAGAGAUCCUGGGUAUACCGUCAAUAAAGGCAGAGGUUGCUGAUAAGGCUGCACCAUCAGCUGUGGUAGACUCUUCUCAGAUGGGGACUCUUAAAAGCAAUUCAGAUUUGGAGUCUCCAACUGUUUCCACUGCUCACACCAAUGGGGCUGCUGGAGUGACCCAUCUUGGUGUUGUAGGAAGGGGUGUCAAGCGAGUGCUGAUGAAUGCAAGCCAUGCAGAAUCAAGUGCAGUGAAGAAACCCUCCUUGGGUUCAUCAUCUGAUACAGGAGAUGGUAAUGCAUGUUGAUGGAUUUUUAUUUGGGCAAAUUCAUGCUCAGGGAUUUUAAUAUCAAUGAAGGAAAUUUUUAGGGAGCUGUAAAAUUCUAGAAUGUAAAAUGUCUUUUGAGGAUGGGUCCUUGUAAACUGCUUAACUGGCCUUGCAGGCAAUAGUUUGCUUGCUGUGCUUGUUUUCUGAAGUAGGUCUUAAGUAUUCUGUUAUCAUAUCCAUAUGACUAAAUGAGUUCGGGAAGUAGAAGAAGACUAUGCUAACAUAUGCUUUUGUUUGGCCCAAAAGGUGUUAUUUUCACUUGUCAUUGGAUGUGAUGAACUUUUGAAAUCAUGGCAUGUGUAGAAGACUAUGAAAGAGUGUUUGAAAUACGAAUUGAUGAUACCUAAUCUGAUGGAA